AAUGAUUCUAGAAGAAAUUUGCAAAUUUCUGAGACCUAUCAUUUGGGUGUCCUCGGAUACCCAGCUUUCCACUCAGGGAAACAUUACUGGGAAGUGGAUGUGUCUAGAAAUGAUGCCUGGCUCCUGGGGUUAAAUGAUGGAGAAUGUGCUCAACCCCAGCUUCGUGCAGUGAAUGAGAAGGGCAUCAGAGUCACAUAUAAUCCUGAUGCUAAACAACAUUUAUAUUGUCAGCCUACAUUUCUCCAUAGCCCUUUUAGUUAUAAACUACACGAUUAUCAGCCUACAUAUGCAGUUAAAGAUAAUUCUGAUGUGAAACAGCAUGUAAAUUAUCAGCCUAAAUAUGGCUACUGGGUUAUAGGGAUGAAGAGUGGGUCUGUAUAUAAUGCCUUUGAAGAGUGUUCUGUCACCCACAAUGCCAGUGUCUUGGUCCUCUCUCUGACUGGUCGUCCCAGUUGGGUUGGGGUUUUCCUGGACAGAGAAGCUUGUACUCUCUCAUUUUUUGAUGUUUCCAACCAUGGAGUUCUCAUCUAUAGAUUCUGUGAAUCUUCCAUCCCUGAUGCAGUUUAUCCAUACUUUAAUCCUAUGUCAUGUUCAGAGCCAAUGACAGUAUGUGGGCCACCCUCCUAAACCCUCACCCAUAACUGCACAGUGCCCCAUGUCUGAUGUAUUUCAUAUGCCUGAGCUCCCUGGCAUCAUCAUAACUGUUUCUGCCUUUGCUCUUUUCCUUUUAAUAAACUUCAGUUUUCAAUA